AUGGACCACCCACAGGACCGACCUCUUCAAGAUCACCACCCUUUGAUGCUCCAUCCGGCCCCAGCAACCGAGGGCCACACCCUGGUUUCCGAGGUGGCUCAUUCGCCGGCCGUGGAGCUCAUCGAAACUCCUCAUCACGUGGAAGUCAGUGGAACUCGAACAAUUCUCGUGGCUAUGAGCAGCGGCAAAGCAGCAAUGGUGAGAAUGAUGGACCGACUGCCAUGGAUAUCGACAGCAAAGAUGGCGACAACAAAGCACUCGACCGGUCGCGGGAUGAACGAGGACACGACAAAAGCGACCGGCCCCGGCAAGAUGGCCCCAAAGGCCGCUCCAUCGGGUCCCAAGCCCGAAAUCUCUCAAAAAUUCAACGCCCCAGCGCCAAAAAGAGAAACGCCUCAAAAAGAUCGCAAGAACGAGCCCCCGCCAGGUGCACCCACGCAACCCGCUGCACUUUUUGAUCGGAAGCCUCCUGAGGGCCCCAAAAUGGUACCGAGGAUGCGCAAAGUUAUAAAGAAGAUGCAACGCGCCAAGCCGCGGCCUACUUUGCCACCAAAUUUGGUUGCGUCAGAGUCUGUCUUUUUCCGCAAACCUGGCAACGAGUCAGUCGUUGGCUCCGGCACUUACGGCAAGGUGUUCAAGGGCCUCAAUGUAUACACCAAAGGACAGGUGGCUCUGAAGCGUAUCCGGAUGGAAGGAGAGCGAGACGGAUUCCCCGUGACCGCCGUCCGAGAAAUCAAACUGCUCCAGUCAUUGCGCCAUCGGAACAUUGUCAACCUUCAGGAAGUCAUGGUCGAGAAGAAUGAUUGUUUCAUGGUCUUUGAGUACCUGUCUCAUGAUUUAACUGGGCUGCUCAACCAUCCUCACUUCAAGUUGGAGCCACCGCAGAAGAAGCACCUAGCUAAACAAUUGUUUGAAGGACUUGACUAUCUCCACGUACGUGGUGUGCUGCACAGAGACAUCAAGGCGGCCAACAUCCUUGUGAGCAGCGACGGCAUCCUCAAGAUUGCCGACUUUGGACUUGCUCGUUUCUAUGCCAAACGCCACCAGCUCGACUACACUAACCGCGUCAUUACAAUCUGGUACCGAUCACCCGAGUUAUUGUUGGGCGAGACACAGUACACUGCUGCUGUGGAUAUGUGGAGUGCUGCCUGCGUCAUGAUGGAGAUUUUUGUCCAGAAGCCCAUCUUUGCCGGUGACGGCACAGAAAUGAGUCAGCUGGACAAGAUUUACAACGUGCUAGGCACACCGAAUCGACAGGAAUGGCCCGGCCUGGUGGACAUGGCCUGGUUUGAGCUACUGCGGCCGACGGCGAAACGCAAGAACGUGUUUUCCGACAUGUUCAGCGCACAGCUGACCCCCGCGGCAUACGAGCUCAUGCAGUUGAUGUUCAUGUACGAUCCGGCGAAGCGACCGACGGCGGAGGAGGUAUUGGCUCAUGCGUAUUUCACGACAGAAGAGCCACUUCCUCAGCAGGCUACCGAGCUCGCAAAUAUCGGUGGCGACUGGCACGAGUUUGAGUCCAAGGCCCUGCGCAAAGAAAACGAGCGUCGCGAGCGUGAAGCACGGCGCGCGGCUAAGAACCCCACGCCCGUUGUCAUACCCGCCGCCGCCGCCGGUCCCUUUGCUGACGGUAAAGUCAACAAUGGGCAGGAUAGAAAACGCGGCACAGACGGCGACGAAGGCGCUCGUGACGCUAAGCGUGUCCACGUCGAGGAGUCGGCACCUGCUGCGUGA